AGCAGCUUCUUCAACAACGAAUUUCUCUCCGAUGUCACGCUCAAGUUUGGCGGACAGCAGCUCUCCUGCCACAAGGUAGUCCUUGCGCGCAAAUCUGAGUACUUCUUCAGGGCAUUCUCAAGCCAGUUUCCUGUUGCCUCAAGCAAUGAAGUUGACCUCGGUGAUGACGAGGAUCCUGAAGCUAUCCUCGCUAUGAUCCGUCACAUCUACGACCUUCCCUACGACAUGAUGAUUGAGGGGAACACUGUCGACGACUCGGCCCCCUACAGUACGAAUGAGGACCUUCUCUUCCAUAUCAAUGUGUACGCUGUUGCAGACAAGUACGAUGUCCCUUCUCUCCGCCCCAUCGUUGUCAAGAAGUUCGAGGAUCUCAUGGAGAUUACCUGGGAAAGCGACGACUUCGUUGCCAGAAUCCAGAAGCUCACCGGUCCCUCCAUGGGCCACAUCGCGGAUCCCUCCGUCCAAGCUGCUGCUGCUGCUUUCUGCGCAAAGCACUUGCACAAGUUGGCCAAGCAAGACAACUUCGUCGAGAUGAUCCAAGAUGAGGGCCCUUUUGUAGGUCGCCUUCUCGUACGCUUCCUC